AUGCCACGAGGCAAGAACUACGUGAACAAUAAUCGAGGUGUUUCGAUGCAGGCUUCCAAGAAGAAAACUGCGCCGUCGAUGGAACAGUGUUUCUAUGGCAAAGGCUGCACUCGCGCCAACUGCUUCUAUCGGCAUGACGGGCCCGAUGCCAGUGGAGGAGGCGACAAAUCGGGGGAACCUUGCAUGCCCUUUUUGGCAGGACUUUGUACAUUUACGGCCGCUGGUUGUCGCAAACGACAUCCUGGCAAAGUUGAAGCAGAACGGCUCAUCAACAAGUACAAGGCAACCAAAUGUCGCUACGGCGAUCACUGCAAAACGUCAGGGUGUCUGUACAUACAUCCUUCCGAUGACAACAACAAUGGCACGAAAGGCUUGGCAGGAACGGCCGCCUUUCCCCCACUCGUGACCAAUGGUGCUCGUCCCAUUGUGACUGCUGCGCCAGCGGGAGCCUGGAAACCCAUGGCACCAACGGGAAUCGCAACAACAACGCCACCACCAUCAGCACGACAACCACCGGUCAAAUCCGCUUGGGUACCAGCCCCACCACCGGCUGCAGCUCCUGCUUGGGGAGCGAGGGGACGAAAUCCAGUGUUGGUCAACCAUGCAAUCAAGAACAGCACACAAGCUCUUCCCAUGCAAAAUGGAUCUACUCCGACCAAGAACGGAAUGACGAAGAAGAAUGGAUCCAACGGUGCCAACAAGACUCCCCCAGCACCGUCACAGCCUACUGUGGAUGCACAACGACAGGCUGCCACUCCUGUCACACCUUCUCCUCUUGCUGCUGACCCUCUUAAUCGUACUUCGUUGAACAUUCAUGCCAAAGAAUUCGUUCCAGGUGGUUUAUAG